AUCCGCGGCGCGGGCACGUGGAAGAGCGAGCGGGUCAUCGCGUCCCGCCAGGGCCCCCACCUCCGCCUGGCGGGCGGCGGCGCCGGGAUCCUCAACUUCUGUGCCAACAACUACCUGGGGCUCUCCAGCCACCCCGAGGUGAUCCGCGCCGGCGUGGAGGCCCUCGAGCAGUUCGGCGCUGGCCUCAGCUCCGUGCGCUUCAUCUGCGGGACGCAGAGCAUACACAAGGACCUGGAGGAGAAGAUCUCGCGUUUCCACCAGAGGGAAGAUGCUAUUCUCUACGCCAGCUGCUUUGAUGCCAAUGCUGGUAUCUUUGAGGCGCUGCUGACCCCGGAGGACGCGGUGCUGUCGGAUGAGCUGAACCAUGCCUCCAUCAUCGACGGGAUCCGCCUGUGCAAGGCUAACAAGUACCGCUACAGGCACAUGGACAUGCAGGACCUGGAGGCCAAGCUGCAGGAAGCGCAGAAGCACCGCCUGCGGCUGGUGGCCACCGAUGGCGCCUUCUCCAUGGACGGCGACAUUGCCCCCCUGCAGGAGAUCUGCCGGCUGGCCGAGAAGUACGAGGCCCUGGUUUUCAUCGACGAAUGCCACGCCACAGGCUUCCUGGGGCCCAAUGGCCGCGGUACGGAUGAACUCCUUGGAGUGAUGGAUAAAGUCACCAUCAUCAACUCCACCCUGGGAAAAGCACUGGGAGGAGCCGCAGGCGGGUACACGACUGGCCCCAAGCCCCUGGUGGACCUGCUGCGCCAGCGCUCCCGCCCGUACCUCUUCUCCAACAGCCUCCCUCCCGCCGUGGUGGGCUGCGCAUCCAAGGCGCUGGACCUGCUCAUGGAGAGCAAYGCCAUUGCGCAGUCUAUGGCUGCCAAGACCCAACGGUUCAGAAGUAAGAUGACUGCAGCCGGCUUCACCAUCUCAGGGCAAGACCACCCCAUCUGUCCUGUCAUGCUUGGGGAUGCUCGACUGGCUUCUGCGAUGGCUGACGACAUGCUGAGCAGAGGCAUUUAUGUCAUUGGCUUCAGCUACCCCGUGGUCCCCAAGGGAAAGGCUCGCAUCCGGGUCCAGAUCUCUGCUGUGCACAGUGAUGAAGACAUCGACCGCUGUGUGGAAGCCUUCAYUGAGGUUGGACGGAAACAUGGAGCGCUGCCCUGAGGGGCCACCUUCUCCAGUGACCUUCCUGCCCAGGACCAAGACAAGUGCCUGUACUGGGGGAAAAUGCUUGAGCAGCACCUUGGUGAAAGCAGCAGUGCCCAAGGCAGUGCCACAGGCA